AUGGCGGCAAUUGAGAAGAAGCGCAAGAAUGCGCCUACCAACGAUUCAUUUGCCAGGACUAGGAAUCCAUCAGACAAGGACAACCGGCCAUCGAAGAGAAUAAGGCCCGAUGAAGAUAGAAAACCCGUCGCAGGACCAACAAAGAUUUCACAUGAACGAGACGAAGAAGUUGCUUUCCCCAGAGGUGGAGCGAGUAUUUUGACUCCGUUAGAGCAUAAACAGAUCCAAAUCGAAGCUACUCAGGAUGUGUUAUUCGAACAAAACGCAAAGGCCGAUGGGGAGGGCGAUGCUGUCACGUCCGCGAGAAAGAAGUCAAAAUCGAAGGCAAAGGGCAAAAAGCCCAAUGAGCAGGCCGAGGAAGAAGAGGAAAGCGUCAAAAUUGAGGGCUUAAGUUACAAACGAAUUGUCCCCGGCUCGCUCGUCCUAGGCCAAAUAUCGCAAAUCAACGACCAUGAUAUUGCUCUUUCUUUACCAAACAAUCUGACGGGAUAUGUGCCUAUAACAUCAAUUUCAGAUAAGGUCACCCAACGAAUCGAAAAGAUUGCAGCCGCCGAGAAUAAUCACGACGAGGAGGACGAAAUCGAACUGGAGAAACUCUUUUGGAAAGGCCAAUAUCUUCGAGCUUAUGUUGUUUCUACAAGCGAUGACACUACGUCUACAUCUGGAAAAUCCAAGAGGCGUAUAGAGUUGUCACUGCGACCACAGCAGUCUAAUAACGCCCUUGCUUCCCAGAAUAUCAUUACCAACAGCAUGCUCAUGGCAUCUGUUGCCAGUGUUGAGGAUCACGGUCUUGUUAUGGACGUUGGAACCAAUGAUAAUACUGUAAGAGGCUUCAUGUCAUCGAAGGAGAUUGGGCAUGACCUUGAUAUAUCUGCUGUUCAAGAGGGAUCUGUCUUUCUGUGUAUGGUGACUGGACUAAGCUCCAACGGGAAGAUCAUCAAGUUAUCCGCAGACACGCACAAGAUCGCCAAUUUGAAGAAGCUGAACUAUCUCACCGAGGCUCCUACAGUGGAUGCCUUUCUACCUGGCACAGCUGUUGAGAUUUUGGUAGCGGACAUUACACCUAGGGGCCUUGCUGGGAAGGUCAUGGGUAUGGUCGAUGUGACAGCUGAUUUGAUACAUUCUGGUGCUGGGUCCAGUGGGAAAGAUCUGGAAAAGAAGUACAAGCUUGGAUCGAAAAUCAGAGGCAGAAUUAUAUGUACAUUUCCCUCCUCUGACCCGCCGAAGCUAGGGAUUUCUCUGCUAGACCACGUAAUGGCUCUCGCACCACAGCAAGCCAUCAAAGAUGGCGAGAAACAAGCCCCUCUGGUAACCCUACCAUCCUCGACCAUCGUGGAGGAAGUUACCGUGCGAAAGGUUGAGUCCGGGCUUGGCCUAUUUGUGGAUGUAGGCGUGAAAGGCGUGUCCGGAUUCGUACACAUAUCGAGGGUGAAAGAUGGCAAGAUUGAGACCCUGUCCGAGACCUCUGGGCCAUACAAAACAGACUCCGUCCAUCGAGGAAGGGUUAUCGGCUAUAAUGCUCUUGAUGGAGAAUAUCUCAUGUCAUUAGAACCAAGUGUUCUUGAGCAGCCGUUCUUGCAAAUAGAAGAUUUGAAGAUCGGCGAGGUGGUAAAAGGCAAGGUCGAGAAGAUCGUGCUGAACGCAGCUGGUGUAGGCGGCGUACUAGUCAAUUUAGCCGAAGGCAUCACUGGGCUUGUCCCAGAAACCCACAUGGCAGAUGUUCAAUUGCUUCAUCCAGAGAAGAAAUUCAAGGAGGGCAUGGCUGUAACAGCGAGAGUACUUUCGACGGAUGCUAGCAAACGCCAAAUCCGACUCACUUUGAAGAAAACUUUAGUCAACUCGGAGUCGCAACCCUUUCUCAAGUAUGAGGAUAUCGAUGUGGGCAUGCAGAGUCCUGGUACCAUUGUCAAUAUCCUUCCGACUGGUGCUGUCGUUCAGUUCUAUGGCACAGUUCGAGGAUUUUUGCCAGUGGCUGAAAUGAGCGAGGCAUAUAUUCAAGACCCAAAGCUACAUUUCCGCGUUGGCCAGGUGGUCAAUGUCCAUGUGCUGAAGGUCAACCCGGAAGCGGGAAAGUUGACUGUAUCCUGUAAAGAUCCUUCGGUGUUCGGACUUGCUCAACAGACAGCAUUGAAGAAACUAAAAGUUGGCGAUAUAGUUUCCGGUGUUGUCACAGAGAAAUCCAGUGAUGAUAUCUCUCUUGAGAUAGAGGGUCUAGGUCUGCACGCCACGCUUCCCGCCGUCCAGCUUACUGACAAAUCUUCUUCGAAAAAUCUUUCUGCUUUGAAGAAAAUCAGGGUUGGACAAACUCUCAAGGAUCUAGCUGUGCUUGAGAAGCUCGACUCAAAACGUCUUGUCGUGCUAACAAACAAGCCAAGUCUCGUCAAAGCUGCAAAAGAGCGUACUCUCUUGCGAGGCUUUGAUGAUGUACGAGAGAAUAAAGUUGUUCACGGGUUUGUCAAAAACACAAUCGCAACUGCUGUAUUUGUGCAAUUUGGAGGUGGACUCACUGGGUUACUUCCAAAAAAUAAGUUGCCCGAAGAGGCCACCGAGCUUCCAGAUUUUGGGCUGAAGAAAUAUCAAUCUGUGAAAGUCAAAGUAACUUCGGUAGACCAUAGCGACAAGAGGUUCCUACUUUCUAUGAUUAACCUUGAUGCCGACCAAAUGAUCUCUCAGAAGCUUGCGGACCAGGAAGACGCCGCCAGUCAGGAGGUUUCCAAUCCCAUCGAUGACACAGUUACCUCACUCGGAGAUCUUAAGCUUGGAAGAUUGACAAAAGCGAGGGUCGUAUCAGUGAAGGACACGCAAAUCAAUGUUCAACUGGCAGACAAUAUUCAAGGCCGUAUCGAUGUCUCGCAGGUGUUCGACUCGUGGGACGAAAUCAAGGACCGGAAGCGUCCUUUGAAACGAUUUUCCGCCAAGCAGAUUAUCGACGUGCGGAUUAUGGGAACACAUGAUGCUCGCAAUCAUCGUUUCCUCCCCAUAACUCACAGAACUGGCAAAUCGCUGGUCUUCGAAUUGUCCGCUAAGCGUAGUGACCAAACGGGCUCCCUACAAGAUCCGCUCACCCUGGACAAGGUUAAGAUCGGCUCUUCUUGGACUGCGUUCGUCAACAACGUCUCAGAAAACUGUUUGUGGGUAAAUUUGUCGCCAAAUGUUCGAGGGCGCAUCAAUGCAUUCGAUGUAUCCGACAAUUUGUCUUUGAUGGAGGACCUCGAAGGCAAUUUCCCCGUCGGAUCGGCCAUCAAAGUUCGUGCCACAAACAUCGACGUUGCAAACAACCGGUUAGAUCUCUCGGGACGCUCUACACAGUCGUCGGAACCACUAAGCUUCCAAACACUGAGCAAUGGUAUGGUAGUCCCAGGCAAAGUGGUCAAAGUCAGCGAAAGAUACGUUGUGGUGCACCUUAGCGACACCAUAUCGGGAUCUAUCACUCUUACCGACUUAGCCGAUGACUUCUCACAGGCGGAUACCACGAAAUAUUCCAAGAACAGCAUUGUUCGAGUUUGCAUCGUUGAUGUAGACGUGCCCAAUAAGAAAGUUAGAUUAUCCACCCGGCCUUCCAAAGUCUUGAACUCUUCACUCAAUGUCCAAGAUCCCGAAAUAUCGUCGAUCUCGGAUGUUAAGGUCGGGGACGUUGUUCGUGGGUUUGUCAAGAAUGUCUCCGACAAGGGUUUGUUUGUUAACUUGGGCGGCAAUGUCUCAGCCUAUGUAAGGGUUUCCGACAUUUCAGAUUCCUAUAUCAAAGAUUGGAAAUCCGAGUUCCAGGUCGAUCAACUGGUGAAGGGCAAAAUCACAACAAUCGAUCCUUCAAUGAACCAUAUCAAGAUGAGCAUGAAGGCUUCGGUCAUUGACAAGAAUUAUGUUCCACCUAUAACCUUCAAAGACCUGAAGAAAGGCCAGAUAAUUACGGGCAAGAUUGCCAGUGUCCAGGACUUUGGGGUGUUUAUCGUCGUUGAUGGUUCUAACAACCUCCGUGGCCUGUGCCACCAGAGUGAGAUGGCCGAGAAGCGGGUUCAUGAUGUCAAAAAGCUCUACGAUGAAGGCGAUCUUGUGAAAGCCAUUAUCCUCAAGCUUGACGACGACAAAGAGCGCAUCAGCCUUGGGAUGAAGGCUUCUUACUUUGGGGAAGACGCUGCGGAAUCAGAAGACGACAGUGAUUCUGAUGGAAUGAAUGGUGUACAGAUUGGUGGCUCUGACGAAGAUGUGGAUAUGUCUUCUGAGGAAGAGGAUGAAAAUGGAGGAGUCGACCUUGAUGACGUUGAAAGCAUUGAAGAUUUAGAAGUGCAGGACGAUCUUUCUGAUGUUGCUAUGGGAGGUCUAGAAGCCGGUGCAGGCAUUCCGGCUCUAAAUGCUGGUGGAUUUGACUGGUCUGCAAAGGCAUUGGACAAGGUCGACAAACGCGCAAAUGAAGACUCGGAGGACGAAGACGCUGAUGACACGCCGAAGAAGAAGAAGCGGAGAAAGGCAACUAUUACCAUUGAUCGUACUGGUGAUCUCGAUGCGAAUGGCCCGCAGUCUGUCAGCGACUUUGAAAGGCUUCUUCUGGGACAACCUGAUUCGUCGCAGCUUUGGAUCGAGUAUAUGGCCUUCCAGAUGCAGCUCAGUGAGCUCAGCAAGGCAAGAGAUGUGGCCGAACGCGCUAUAAAGACUAUUACAAUCAGUGACGACAAAGAGAAAAUGAACGUCUGGAUUGCUUUGCUCAAUCUGGAAAACGCUUACGGGAGUGACGAGACCCUCGAAGAGGCCUUCAAACGAGCGUGUCAGUACAAUGAUGCCCAAGAUAUCCACGAGAGCUUGGCGAGCAUCUACAUCCAAUCUGGCAAGCAUGGCAAAGCGGACGAGCUUUUCCAGACCCUCGUCAAGAAAUUCUCGCAGUCGCCAAGGGUGUGGAAGAACUACGCUGAUUUUCUGUACAACACCCUUUCGGCCCCAGAUCGGGCACGAGCUCUUCUUCCUCGCGCAACCCAGUCUCUUCCAUCGCAUGAGCAUCUCCGUCUCACAUUGGUUUUUGCACAUCUCGAGUUCAACUCGGCUUCAGGUUCACCCGAGCGCGGACGUACCAUGUUCGAAGGAGUACUAUCAACGUUCCCAAAACGACUCGAUAUAUGGCGUCAACUUCUCGAUCUCGAGACAAAGCAAGGAGAUCAAGAUAUCAUCCGUGGGGUGUUUGAGCGUGUUGUGAAGACAAAGGGUCUCAAGCCAAAGGGGGCCAAGGAUUGGUUUAAGCGGUGGUCUGAAUGGGAGGAGAAGAACGGAGACAAGAAGACGCAAGAGAAGGUCAAGGCCAAGGCGGAGGAGUGGGUGAGAACCGCAGCCCAGAAAAAGGCAAAUGAUGGAGAGGAUGUCGAGUGA